AUGGGCAAUGUAGACCACGGGAGUUUUGGUGACGCCGCUCUGUGUGUUGAACUUAGGAAACAGGCGAGUGCAGAUGUCUUGGCAGGCAAUGGCGGGCAGCAGCGGCACAAUAUCCUGUGCACGUGCAAGCAAAAGGAAAAGCAAUCGUACACGUCCGUGUGUCAG